AUGCCAACUACACCAUCUGGCGGCUUGUCGUUGCAAUCACCAUCACAUCUCGCUCUUGUAGGGACUGAAACAUGGACAACGCCUUUGCACCUGCUUGGAUUUGGCACAGACGGAGAUUUCUCAGUCCAAGAUCAGUCGGGGGCUUUCGGGUUACUCGGAAGCUCAGCCAGUCCCACGCUGCCAUGGUCGCACAUAGCACUCUUCGACGAAGCUUCAUUACGCCCAGCGCCAUCUUUAACCCCUGUUAUGAACGAUACCACGCCGUCUUCGUACUUCCUAGAGCAGGUAGACCCACCGUUCAUUGCCAACUUUGAUGAUAUGAACUGGAAAACAAUGAAACGAUACAUGAUCGAACUAGGUUGCCAUAAUGUCACCGUUUCGCGGGCAAUAUCUGCUGUCGAGUCGCUCUAUGAGACGAAGAUGAACUGCAAAGAUCCUAUGAGUUCAAUGGCAUCUUAUUAUGUCGCAAAAAGUAGCUAUGCCAGCAUGCUAGAGCGGGAUAGUGAUGGGCCUGAGAUUGUCUUGGUCGUGACCUUCCUGCUAUGUUGUUUCGAAAUUGUGGCACAACACGAGACCGUGCCAAUUACUCUAAAGCCCGAAGGCCCUCUAGUGGACAAGCUGGAAGCCUGGGCGGACAACACAACAUAUGUGUGGUCUCCAGUGCUUCGCCGUCUUCAAGCCUGGUUCCAAAUUCUUCACGCAAGGACGAUGCAUCUUGGUGGACCUGGACUUUUGUCUCCGAAGGUGGGCAGGCUUUUGAAAUGUGAGUGCCGAGGUCCGACGCCUGGCCUUGGUCAACUUGGAAACCAAGCUCUCUGCCCUGAACAAGCAAUUCUAGGCGAUCUCUCUAACCAACUGUUUGAGUUUUACUUGGAGAUAUCGAUGGUCAGUACUCAGAUUGCGAGUCUGAAUCGCCAUCAUCGCUCGCGAGGGUUUCAAGCAGACGAGAGAGAAGUUCAAAAUGUGGCAGAGGAGCUUCAAGAAAUUCUUCUUCACUUGUGGCAAAGGCGGCCGUCAUUGCUACGGGUAGACAGGGAUCAGUUGCAAAACAAAAUAUGGCCGGGAUUGAGAAGUUCGAUUGGUCGACUCGUUGACCUGUGCAGUGUGGCAUUUUCCGCCGAGAUCAUAUAUCUGGGUCGUGCCUACGGAAAAUGCUCUACCGCAUCGACGGAGUCUUUGGAAGCCAUGAGACAAAUACACCGCAUAGUGGACUCCCACUCUUGUGAACAUUCUGCAGUGGAUCCCGGUUUCAUAUGGCCGUUAUUUAUUUAUGCUGUCGAGCAUCCAGAACCAGAGCAAAGUGGGUGGGCGGUCAGGACUUUGCGCAAGGUCAAAAAUCCAGUCUGGCACAGUGAGCUCGUGUCAGACCUUGCCCAGGGCAUAAGUGAGGAGCAGCUUAAGCAGGCCCAGAGGGUGGAUACUAGAUACUUCUGUCUCAAGCACUUCAGCACCCCGCCACCAUUUAUCUAG